UUUAUUAAUUAAAUUCUUUUAAACUAACCGAAGUGCCCUCUUGAAACACUAUAAAACCCCCCUCCCUUCACUCCAAAUUCUCCAUCCUCACCUAGUACUACUCUCUCCUAUUACUUUUACUUGCUGUAAUUAAGCGAGAAGCUACUACGGUUUGAAGAGAGAUGGGUUCAAAAAGAUCAGCAACACUUGCCCUCUUUUUUUCACUCAACAUUCUCUUCUUUUCUCUAGUCAGUGCUUGUGAUUCCUGCCCUUCCCCCAGGCCAAAACCAAAUCCCACUCCCUCUCCAACUCCUGCUGGGGGAGGCAGAUGCCCCAGAGAUGCCCUUAAAUUAGGUGUAUGUGCUAAUGUGCUUGGUUUGGUAAAUGUCACCGUUGGUUCACCCCCCGUACAGCCCUGCUGCUCCCUCAUCCAAGGCCUUGCUGAUCUUGAGGCUGCUGUUUGCCUUUGUACAGCCAUCAAAGCUAACAUUUUGGGCAUCAACCUUAAUAUCCCAAUUUCCCUCAGCUUGCUUCUCAACGUCUGCUCAAUGAAUGCUCCCUCUGGCUUCCAAUGUGCCUAAUCACUUUUCUAAAUUCUUUCUCAUCUUCUUGGUGUUGUGUGAUUUUGAAGUUCUAAUUUCCACUAUGCAGUGAUUCAGUGUUUUAAUUGGUAACUGUUUGUUUCCCUUGUUUUAGUGUUGUUUCCUUGUGGAUUUAUACUGAAUAAGUGCGUGUAACACAUUUCUUCAAGUGUUUUCUUUGGGUUUAUGUAUCUUUAAGGGAGAUGAAAUACUAGUAUUAUUCAGCUUGUUUAUUUUAAUAAACCAACCAUUCUUCCAUUUAGAGAGUGGAAGUAUGUCUAAUUUCUCGAUAUUGUCGUACUAUAGCCUUUGGUCCCGUGACCUUCAUGGCAAAGAUCUUUGCAUCUAGCCAUCUAGGACACAAUUAUAUGUCAAAUCAUUCUUUUUCUCUUGUUAUUGUUUUGUUGCAUCUAAAACGUAAGAGUUGAAAUCACCUCCUCUUGUCUCCUCUGAUCACUUCUCCAUCUUUUACUACAAUCCCUAACACAGUAGUGUUAUUAUUAUCUCUAAAGCUUCUUAUGGCCAUGAUUUCUGCAUAUACAUGCCAAAAAUAGCAACGAAC